AGCCAUUUUGGCUCAAGCCAUUUUUGCUCAAGUGUGGUUGACACGCAGCCAUAUCGCGCCACCAGUUUAGUGUUGUCUCGCCAGCCGAGCUUUCGCCAUGUUCGGUCUGUGUAAGUCCACGCCGAAAUCCCAGGCAACGGAAGUCGUGGGAGCGGCGAGGGCCGACGUUGUUGGGGCGGCGGGAGCCGACGUCACUCGGGAAGAUGUGAUCGCAGUGCAGAACGCAUGGGCGGGCGCGAUCAAAAACAUUUCGAAGAUUUACAAGGAGAACGGCGACUACGUCCAGGCCGCUGCUACCGCAGCUGGUGAGCUCUACGCCUACGGCAAGUACGACGUGCUUUUCAAGCCGACUAAGGCUGCUCAGCACCAGUUCCGGCCCAAGGCCGAGGAGGCCAUGUCCUACUUCGUCGGCUGCAAGGCUGUCGAUAAUGGGUACGCUGAGGACGGCGGUUUUGCGAUCAAUGGUGGCAAGGGCUGGUCAGAUUGCGUGUACGACAACCACCAGAUCGAUCUCAAUGGUCAUGUCGCCAUCGCCAUGGGCAACUACUAUUUCACCUGCGCAACAACUGGAGAGAAGUCCAAAGUCGAGUACACAUUUGGCUACCAACGCUGCGAUGACGGUAAGGUUCGCAUCUUCUUGCACCAUUCGUCCGUGCCGUUCACCGCCUCCAGUAAGGCAGCGAACCCCAAGGCAAAUAUGGCGGCCAGCACAGCAGCGGUCACCAGGGAAGAUGUGAUCGCUGUGCAGAACGCAUGGGCGGGCGCGAUCAAAAACAUUUCGAAGAUUUACAAGGAGAACGGCGACUACGUCCAGGCCGCUGCUACCGCAGCUGGUGAGCUCUACGCCUACGGCAAGUACGACGUGCUUUUCAAGCCGACCAAGGCUGCCCAGCACCAGUUCCGGCCCAAGGCCGAGGAGGCCAUGUCCUACUUCGUCGGCUGCAAGGCUGUCGAUAAUGGGUACGCUGAGGACGGCGGUUUUGCGAUCAACGGCGGCAAGGGCUGGUCGGAUUGUGCGUACGACAACCACCAGAUCGCACUCAAGACCGAUGUCGCCAUCGCCAUGGGCAACUAUUAUUUAAUCGCUUUGCUCAUUCCGCCGGCCCUGGAGCUAGUUGCCGGAGAUCUUAGCACGCCUCUGGCCCGUUGGGCCGGCGAAUUUCACCUGCGCAACAACUGGAGAGAAAUCCAAAGUCGAGUACACCUUUGGCUACCAACGCUGCGACGAUGGUAAGGUGCGCAUCUUCUUGCACCAUUCGUCCGUGCCAUACGCCGUCUCCAGUAAAACAGCGGACCCCAAGGCAAAUAUGGUGGCCAGCACAGCAGCGGUCACCAGGGAAGAUGUGAUCGCUGUGCAGAACGCAUGGGCGGGCGCGAUCAAAAACAUUUCGAAGAUUUACAAGGAGAACGGCGACUACGUCCAGGCCGCUGCUACCGCAGCUGGUGAGCUCUACGCCUACGGCAAGUACGACGUGCUUUUCAAGCCUACACCUUUGGGUACAAACGCUGCGAGGAUGGUAAGGUUCGCAUCUUCUUGCAUCAUUCGUCCGUGCCGUACAUGGCCGUGCAAGCGAAGGCCCCUGCUGCCGAACUCGAUGUGACAUUAAUCGGUGCGUAAGAGGCCCGUAUGAUUCCUUCCAGCAAGUCUGCAUCCAAGAGGCGUUGAACUUCCACUCAUCUUCGUGUGCAUUAUGGUUUCGCGCUCUCCUCCCCAUUCCCUGGGGCGGUGUUUGCGCCUCAGAAUUUUUCCGCUAGGUCUAUCUCGCUAGCGAUUCUUAAAUCAACCGGGUGUUCGAUGAGCUUUCUCGCCCCCAUCUUUUCCCCAAACAAAUCUUACAUUAUUCCUCUCUCUCUAUAUCCGUAAGGAGUCGCCGUCGCAAAUCGUAUUUUUCCAUCCCGGAGCAGGCGCUGUAUAGCGCGUCCAUCGCCGUCGCACAUGGCACUUUUCCAUCCCGGAGCAAAUGGUUUUUUCCCAUCCCGGAGCAGGCGCUGUAUAGCGCGUCCAUCGCCGUCGCAAAUGGUAUUUUUCCAUCCUGGAGCAGGCGCUGUAUAGCGCCCGCCAUUUGCGGCUCCUCGAGGGCGGGGCGGCGCGGCCCUCCCUGCGGAUGGUGCAGUGCCCUCGUUUGCAUUCCUCUUUUGCCUGCUGCUCAGGUUGUCGAAAGUCGGACGUCGAGAUCCAACGCCGAGAGGCAGGGGUCUGGCUCCGCUGGGCCGUCUGGCCUCUCCUCCCCCCUCCUGGAGCAGGCGCUGCACAGCGCGUUCAUCGCCGUCGCAAGCGGUGUUUUUGUCCAUCCUGGAGCAGGCGCUGUAUAGCGCCAUUUUCGGCUCGAGGGCGGGGCGGCGCGGCCCUCCCUGUGGAAGCGGGGCGGCGCGUGCACGCCCUGGGCCUGCUGCAGGCCACCAGUCGAAUGAGAACUGACGGAGCGCGCUCGCUCGCCCCCUUGUGCUGAUGUCGCUCCUCCAUAUCCUCGCCAAAGCGCUGCGGACUCCACGAGCCGAUAGCUGGCGUGGCGGCUGGACCUGGCGGGUGCCGAUGGUCAGACGGGGUUUGACUUCGCGACGCUUUCGCCGUCAGUUUGAGCAGCCUAGGCGUAAGUCCGCGAUUCGUGAGUUCUAGCGGACCGCCCCUGGGAGUCAAGCUCAGACAUGACUCGCACUUUCGGUGCGCUUGCUCAGGCAGCGCGUCUCGAGUUUGCUCGCGAGGAUUGUCGCAGCGGCAGUGGUUGCGAGCCGUCGUGCGCACCGCCAGCGCUCCCGAGUGCAGCGCGGCGACCGCGUGCGCGCGUCUUGGCUGCGGGCGCUGUUUUGCAAAGCGAGCUGUGUAUGCGUGCACUCCUUCACAUGCUCGCCGCUGAGUUGCAGUAGGUUGGAUCUGCCAGGCGCCGCCCACAGUGCGAGGCGCGUAGCCGCUUGUCUUUCUCUGCGAAUUGAUGCCAACCAGGCUCCGGCGUCGCGCCGAUUCCACGAGGCCGACAGAGGAGAAGUUGCAAGAGAGUCCCCCCAACAAAGGGAUG